GACUCUGCCCUUCCUCCUCCUCCUCAGAGAGAGAGAAAGUGUCUGCAGAGCUGCUGUGAGUCUGAUCAGCGUACUUCAGCACGACUUUUCAACGAGGAAGUUGAUUCAUCCAGCUUGACAGACACACAGAGAGAGAGAGAGAGAGUGUGAGAGAGAGAGAGGGAAAAGUUGCCUGAGCGGGAGCAGCAAGUCUGUUAUUGAAGGACUGUUGAAGAGAUCUUUCCAUUGACGCUCGUCGGUUCUUGACGAUAAGGCUGCACAUUUAACACACACACUUUCUCGGUUAGGCUCAUAAGUUAUUACAGUAGUCUACACAAUGGCUGACACUACUGCGUCCAAUGGUGCUACCUGCGUGGAUAGGCUGAAAAGUUACGUGAGGACCCAGAAAGGUUUUAUCCUCGCUGGUGAAAUGUUCAUCAGUUUUAUUAUCAUCAUCUGCUAUGCUGCGUCUUUUUAUGGAGGUUACUCUGCUCUGGCCAUCUGCGAGAUGAUCUUCGCCAUGGUCUUCUUCGGUAUCUUCAUGAUGGAUAUGGACAAGCAGUUCACAAUGGUCAACUGGAUGUGGAGUGAUCUUUUCCGUGCUGGUAUUGGUGCCAUCCUUUACAUCAUCACUUCUCUGAUCUGUGUGAUUGGAGGUUCUGGGGACGGUGCACGUAUCGCAGGCGGGGUAUUUGGCUUGAUCGCUGGUCUGCUGUUUGCUUAUGACACCUACACCAUCUUCUUGCAAGUCAAGACCACCAGGCAGCACACAGCGGCCUCCACCGAAGACAGAGUUUAAACACUCCAGCAUGCUUGUGCCUCUGUCAAGUAAGCAGCAGGAGAAGAAGAGGAAGUUUGUGCAGGAAUUAACGGAAGAGUGAGUCAGAGGGGAUGAUGGACAGUAAAACGAACGGGUCUCAGUUUAGACAAAGCUAAUGUAUGGUGUGAAGAGCCGAGAGAUUUUUAAGACCACGCCUGAGAGGAGGAUGACAUAGCCAAAGUGAGCGGUACUGUACAUCUGUGCCUUUAUUUCAGACAAAAUCGUGUCUACCACAUGAAGAAUCCUCCUCACAAACCUCAAUGUUCCACUGAAGCUCAAUGUUUGAUCUGAUUGAAAAGGGAAAACUGUAAAUAAUAGGCAAUGUAAAACUUUGGUUGUUGUCAUCGCACAGUUUGUCUAAUACACGUUUCUACUUAUAAUGAACUGCUGUAGUAAGGAGUAACUGUGUCAUUUGGGACUUUUAAAGUAACUGACUCAUGAAUGGUUGCUUUAUGAAGUGUUUAAUAUCAUAAUUAUAAUGAGUUUGUUUUCUGUAUUUUCAGUGAGAUUUAUCAACUGGUUAUCCAAUUCCCACUCUUUUGUUAAAACAUUGGUUUUUACAGUGCCUUUAAAGGACAGGUUCACGUUCAAGUUUCUAAGUCUGCCCUAAAAGAAUUGUCAGCCCCAAUAAACCUUUUUUACAUGUUUUUCUUGCUGUAAUCAUUCCUCCUCUUCACACUGACCAUUAGAAGAUCUCUUCAUAAUGCAUUUACAAUGUAAGUGAUGGGAGCCAAAAUCCACAAUCCUUCUUCAUUUCAAAAAUGUAUUUAAAGUUUAUUUGAAGCUGAUAUGAAGCUUCAGCUGUCCAAAUUAGUAAAAUCUAGUAUUUUUCAACAUUACAGUCUUUUUAGUGCCAAAUUCCCUCCUUUUGUUACUAUUUGAUCACUACAGCUAAACAGAAAAACACUAUCCUUAAAGUAGACUCACAGAUUGAUCUAAACACUUUACUUAUAGAAACUGAGAACAAUGGCUCAAGUUUCCUUGUUAAAACUGGUUAGAAGCAAUUACAGUUUUUAAAAAACCUGUAUUACAGAGCUAAUCCAAAGUCUUUGGGACUGUAACAUGCAGUUCACAACAGAGGAGAAUGAGAGGCGAGUAUAAUUUCUGAUAAGGCGUGUCCUUGACAAAAUGUAAGGGGAGUAGGUUUGUGAGCGCCAAAUCUCACCAUUGUUUAAACUACUACUGUACAUUUAGACAUUCCCAGACUUCGGUAGGCGGAGAUCUCUGAUUGUCUGGUAUUGCAAGACUAUCCUUUAAGAAACAAAGAGGAACACUUUUACUAAGAAGACCGUAAAUGUGGAAGAUAUCACCUUUUAUUUGACUAAGACAGCUGAAGCCUCCAUAUUAUCCUCAGAUAAAAAUUUGACUGAUAAUAAACUGUGGGUUUUGUCCUUUGUUACUUACAUUGUAAGCACACUUGGAGGGGAACUUCUAAUGGCCAGUAUGAAGCGGGAGAAUGAUUACAGCGACCGAAGCCAACAUUCAAAUGGGAACCUGACUGUUUUAAGACAGACUAAAAAAAAAGAAAAAUGAACCUCUUCUUUAAAUCUCAUUCAAAUUACCAAGUUCCUUCACCUUAUUUGCCUUUUUUACCUCAACAUUUGACGUGAUCUACCGGCACUGAUCAACAAAGGUUUUGGCUUAUUUUUGUACUAAUCAGAAUUUCGUCUGCAUCAUUAGCAGCCGUUGACAUCCAGUAACCAUCAACCACAUGUUCAUUGUUGCAUUUCUAAAAUGAUUUGCAUCAUCCUCCAGUUUUACAUAUCUGUUGAUAUGUAUUGAUGUUUAUCUGAUUCUUGCUCAGGUCUUUUGUUUGUUUUUUCUUACACUUGUAACACAUUUGUAAGGCACACAACAUGUCAUACCGUCCAGUAGUACAGUCCAGUUGUCUAGUUAACAUUUCAGCUCAUGUUCUCUGUUGAUAAGGCAGAAAAGUCACAUUGUUGGACUCACAUGAUAUGAAUAUUUUAAUAGCUGUAAUUGUUUCCUCAACUCCAUGGUGUUUAUUUGUCCAAGUACCACAAUACCUUAUCAUUAUUAUUAUUAUUAUUUUUGUUCUGUUUUUUUUGUUUUUUUAACAUGCUUUACAAAAGUGUGCAGUUUGUCAUUUUAAAAAGUAAAAGCAGUUGUGGUUUGAUAAAUAAAAGUCAUCAAUACUACAA